AUGCCCGCAGGCAGUCCAACGUCCGAUAAAUACGUGGUAUAUACCGUGGAUACGGAGGAUAGUAGUUCCGGACUGGAGGACGGACAAAUAGUUUUCCGUGAUCCGGAUGGUAUCAAUGGGCUUAAAAGGAUGCCGCUCCGUUCCCUGUCAUCCGACUCUUGGGGGACAUAUUGGUCUAAAAGAGAAAAAUGUUGCUGUUUGUGGAACGUCUUUCUAAUCCUUGUCGUCAUCUGUCUAGCUGUCGUCUUCAUCGUCAUGCAUAAGACACUGACAAGUCAGCAAUCAGAACGAGAUAAUUCCAGUAUCGUACAGACCGCUUCCGGACAACCGGACGUUACGGACAAAAACGUUACUCCGGCACCUCUUGCCCCAAGAGAAACGAUCUGUAGCAGUCACGACUGCGUGCGUUUGGCGGGAUCUAUUCUCUCCCACAUGGACACUGACGUAGACCCGUGCGAGGACUUUUACGAAUAUUCAUGCGGAGGAUUUCAAAAAACGGCCUACCUUACAUGGGAAGCACCACGUGUCCGAGAAAAUCCUGACAUACUUCUGACAAAGUACGAUGAUUUCCUAAAAGAUCGAUUGUCAGCACCUUCUGAUCCGUUAGUAUCGCGGCACGAGAACAAACUGAAGACCAUCUAUCGCGCAUGUCUUGAGAGGAGGAACAGCCCCCUUGGUACUAUCAGGUCUGCAAUUCAAGAUCUGGUCUCAGUGCAGAACGUUUCCUUGCUAGAGGGUAAUGAAAUCAGGUUGACGAAACUUGUAGCUAUGGUGACAAGAAAUUUCGGUGCUUCCCCAUUUUUCAAGGUCAUGGUGAACAGAAAUCAGAAGAUAUCUAUCAUCAACAAUUAUUCAGAUGAUGUCGUCAGAGAGUUAUUCGGUGACGGUGAAAUUGUUUCCAAUUUUCGUCACCUGAUGCCCAGCGAUCUAUACUAUCGUAGUUACACUUCUGAUCAAACAAUGCUAUCCUAUAAGUUGUUUCUGAAGACAGUGGCGAUGACCGUUCUUCAUGCUCCCGAAGGCGACGAUUUCAUCAGAGGUCUAAUCAACAAUUUAGAUUCGAUUUUUGAAUUAGAAAUUGCACUUAACAAGAAAUGGUACAAAGAAGAAAAUAAAAAUGUUUUCAGAACUAUAGAAAACUGUGAUUCAAGAAUGAACAUAUCAAGACUUCAAACGAAAUUUCCCAGAUAUGGAAUAUCUUGGGAGUUGUUUUUCAGUUUGUUGCUAGGAGAGGGUCAUAAUGUAACUGGAAAAACAGAGAUUUGUUCUGUGAACCUAUCACCUUCCGUACAAAGUGUGAUUAGCCGAACUGACCCUCUAACCCUCAUCCACUAUGUGUGGGUACAUACGAUUCUACAUACGGAUGUUUACAAUAUUUAUGCAGACAGAACCAAACCUUUUAAUUUUUCUACAAGUAUUUAUAAUAUUCCACAACAUUCCAACGACGAGGCUAGAUGUAUAGCUUAUCUGUCUACAGUUUUACCUUUAUCAGCAAUUGUCACCGUUCCAAAGUUGGAUGUGUUUGAAAAAGAAUCUCAAAUGUUGUUUGCGAACUUAAAACAGACCUUAAUUGAAGUUAUGGAUGGGCUUUACUGGAUACCAAGAAACCAGAGAGAAGCAGUGGCUGCGCAUAUGGACAAUAUUACACUCCAUUUUGAAUGGACAAAGUGGAAAAUGUUGAUAGAGAGAGGAAUGCUUGAUAUUUCAAAACUUAAUGGUGAUUACGUGGACAAUAUGUUAGAGAUAACUAGAAUGAAACACAAACUAUACAUAACGGGAAUGAAAAUCUACCCGACAUGGAGACUGACAAUAGGCAAGUUCGUGAAAAAGUACCAAUCGGUUGAGCUAUCGGCGUCUGCAAUCCAGGGGCCAUUGUUUUACAGCCCAGCAACAGUUCCGGUGACGUAUGGCUCCACCGGGGUCCUGAUCGCCCAGACUUUAGUCCAGGCAUUCGACAUCGACGCCCUACUGUUGCACUUCAUGACUGGCUUGAUCGACCGACGGGUGCUAUUUACCAUGGCUCAUCAUCUUCAGUGUUUGAUAGAUACGUUUGACAGAUAUUCUCUGAUAGACACCCAAGGCUCCAGACACCAGGUUCGAGGAGACCUGACAAAGGGACAGAAUUUCCGUGAUACUCUGGCGCUGCACGUAGCAUUUCGGGUUAAAUUGGCUGCUAUUGAUAAUGUUGCCAGGCACAUUAAUAUUUUCUCGUAUUCUGGAAGAGUUAUCUGUGGAAAGAUGGCUGCUGCCCCAUUUGAUGUUGCGUGA